AUGGAUUCAUCUGAUGAUCUUCUUGAUGAACGUAAACAACGAAAAUUAGCACAAAUGUCAAGACGUGAUGAAGAACGUAAAUUAGAUCUUCAAACAAAACAAGACGAACGAAAAUUAACAACAUCAACGAAUGUUGGACGAAAAUUUUUCGAACAAGAAUAUCCUCAAAUGAAAAGUGAAGUUGAAGAUUUAUUUAGUAAACUAUCCGUAAAUCAUGAUGCAAAUUCAAUUCAAGAAUUAGCUGAUCGUUUACAGAAAAUGGAAAAAUUUAUUACGGAACAUGUUGAUAUAUUAAGUUCACGUGAUAUUGCUAAUGCACAAAGUGAUGUUAUGAAACUUCGUACUCAAUUAAAUUCUUUACAAGAUCGUAGUCUUUCAACAACACAUCGUGUUGAUUUUACAAAAUCGAAUGAUGAAAAUUCCAAACAAGAACAAGAAAUAUCAAAUUUAGUAACGCCUUCAUCCAAUAUAAUUGUAUCAUCAAAUACAAUAAAUAUUUCAAAUAAAAAUAAUGAAUUAAUACGUUUCGAAUCUUCUGAACUUAAUGGAAAAGAUGUUGCAAUUGAAAAUUUAAAACAAUGUGAAAUAUUUCUUAAAGGUAUUCCAUCAUCAUUACAAAUUAAAAAUCUUCAUGCAUGUAUACUUAUUGUUGGUCCAUGUUCACGUUCUGUAAUGAUUGAUCAAUGUCAACAAUGUGAAUUUGCUUUAGCAUCUCAACAAUUACGUAUUCAUACAAGUACAGAAUGUGAUUUUUAUGUUCAUAUAACAGCUCAUCCAAUUAUUGAAGAUUGUAAUAAUUUAAGAUUUGCACCUUAUAAUGUUAAAUAUAAUUCAAAAGAUGAACAUGUUAAAGAAAGUGGUUUAUUAUGGACAAAAGAUUAUUGGAAUGAUGUACGAGAUUUUAAUCAUAUGAUACCUGGAAUGGUUUCACCAAAUUGGGAAAUAAUUGCAGAAGAAGAAAGAAAAGAAUGGUCAUUGGAUUAA